AUGGCUGUGUGUGAUGGAUACCCAGGGGUUGGUCUUCGCAGAGCAUCCACAAACCUCCCCCCUCCUCCACCUCGUCCUCCUUUCCCCCUCUCCACUCCCUCAUCGUGGCAUCAGAGCUCAGGCCUGACACUGGGCUUUCAUCGCAGGGGCACGACUCAGGCCCCUGCUCCUAAUGAAUGCCGAGCUGCAGCCUCUGCUGCUGCUGCUUGCAUUUGCAAGAAUAGGACUGACCAGGUCAUUAAACACAAGCAGGUUAGGUUCCCACAAGUCCCCCAACCCCACUGCUGUGUGGCUCAGACGGGGAGCCAUGCUGUACCAUCCUACCCAUAUGCCACAGCUGUUUGUUUAGCCCUGGGAGAGCUCCCUGACACCUUGCCAAAACUGCACUCCAAGAGACUCCUGGAAACCACACAUCCAAUACAACAAAAAUAA